AUGAAGCAUCAUUUGAUGAUUGGAACCUGGACGCCUCCAGGAGCCAUAUUCACAGUCGAGUUCGAUGACGAGAAACUAUCGCUGGAGCUGGUGAAGCGGACAGAGAUUCCGGAAGAUCAGCCAAUUUCAUGGAUGACAUUCGACCAUGCUCGAAAGAACAUCUACGGAGCUGGGAUGAAGAAAUGGGGAUCUUACGCUGUCGAAAGCCCGACAGAAAUCGUACACAGUACUUCGUUACUUAUGGGAGGACAUCCGAGAGCGAAUGAUACCGACACCAAGACUCGCGCAAUCUUCGUCCUGGCCGCUCAGAAACCGCCCUACAACGUCUACGGCAAUCCAUUCUACGACCAUGCCGGCUUCCUCAACGUCCAUAGCGUCACAUCGACCGGCGCGCUAGACAAGAACAUCCAGAACGCCGAACUGGACGAACGUUCUGCAAUCCACGGCAUGGUCUUCGACCCUGAAGAGGAGUAUCUCUACUCAGCCGACAUGUGGUCCAAUAAAAUAUGGUGCCACAAGAAACACCCCGAAACAGGCCUCCUCACUCUCGUCGGCAGCGUGGAAGCUCCUUCAUCCGGCGACCACCCACGCUGGGUCGAGACAUCUCCCUCCGGCGCUUACCUCUACGUCCUCAUGGAAGCCGGCAACCGACUCUGCAUCUACGUGAUCGACCCCACCACCCGCAUGCCCGUCUACACCCGCACGCAAUACCCUCUCAUCCCUCCCGGCAUGGACGCCAUCAACCCGAAAAUGUACCGCUCCGACGUCGUGUUCCGCUCGAAAAGCGGAGAGUACCUAUUCGCGACUUCCCGCUCCAACAGCCCGAAAUUGACGGGUUACAUUGCGGCGUUCAAGCUGGGCAAGGAAGGGGAGGUUCUGAAGCAGAUAUGUUUGAAUCCCACGCCCACGAGUGGAGGGCAUAGUAAUGCUGUUAGCCCGUGUCCGUGGACAGAUGAGUGGAUCGCGCUGUGUGAUGAUGAGCAGGGGUGGGUGGAGAUUUAUCGGUGGCAUGAGGAGUUCUUGGGAAGGGUGGCGCAUUUGGAUAUUAAGGAGCCGGGGUUUGGGAUGAAUGCGAUUUGGUAUGAUUGAGGGGAGGAGAACGAGUCGGGCGAAAUUGGGUAGAGAUCUGAACGGGCAUAGAAG